CGGUGGCCGGCCGGGAUAAAGGGUGCGCACCGACAUGGCCGCGGUAGGGCGGGCGGGCCUGGGGCUCGCAGGCGCCGGGAAGGUGCUGGGGAACAGAGUGGGGGAGAUGGCGUCCCCAGCGUGGGUUCGUUGUCUCUUUACCAGAUCGAAAAUUCCAGACUCGGUAUUUCAGCCACGGCCUGGAGAUCAUGAGAAGUAUGGAGGCGACCCUGAGCAGCCCCACCAAAUCCAUGUUGUUACUAGAAUAAAAAGUGUCAUUGGUCGCCCAUAUUGGGAAAAGAAGAUAAUACGUGAUCUUGGACUGGAUAAAGCACAUCGGCCAAGACUGCACAAAAAYAUCCCUUCUGUGAAUUCCAGACUGAAAGUUAUUAAACAUCUGAUAAGAAUACAGCCACUGAAACUACCCUACGGGCUGCCAACAGAAGAGGAAGUAUCCAGCACCUUUCUUACAGCCAAGGGAGAGCUUGUCUUUAARAAGUGCCUGAAGCCUGUGGAGCAGAAAGAAAUCAAGUCAUAAGGUGUGCUGGUUGGAUUUAGAUUUUAUAAAAUAAAUACUUUAAAUCCUCAGUUAAGAGUUUGUGUAGGAAAUGUAAAAAUUCUUACUGUGGUAUGAAUGGCAAAGGUGAUGCUAAUGCUUAAAGAAUGAUUGCAGGUGUACAGAUAUGAAGUUCAAUGUUGUUAAUAGUUACCUGAAAUAUUAAAUGACUUAUAGGCUCUCUGUCUCUGUGUUUUAAUUU